AUGUACCCGGCGGCUGCACCUCUCACUGCGUGGAAUCCAGCCGUAGAGCCGCGGGGACCAACCACCUCUGGUCUUGAACAUCUGCUCUCUCACUUUCGUGUCUUAUACCAGUUACCGAGCUUCCAAGCUACCAGCUGGUACCCAGUAGUCCUGCUUUCAGUUCCUGCAUCAGACCGAAUUCGAAGGGACGGUGACCGGAAAAACACCUCCUCCGGAUCUCUCCCCAACCCGAAAGACUUCCGCCUGAGAACGCGGACUUUUAUCCUCCAUCAUCGCCCGGUCCAUACAUCCCCCCUGUUCUUGGCACCGCCAGAUGCCGCUGGCGCCGUUUUCAUGGCUGGGUCCCGUAGGAGUCCGGUACUGAGAGACCAGAGGAGCGGCGACUCAGACCGCGACCCCCGAGACAGGGACCGCCGCAGAGGUCGAGGGUCGAAUGGAGAUCGGGGUAGGAGUCGCUAUCGCGAUAGAGGAGGCCGGCAAUCGCGAUUGAACGACCGUCAUUUCGAUUAUUCCAACCGGUCGCCACCAUCACGCGCGUCCCGCUUUGGCCCUGACCUAUCUCACAACUCGCCUGAUUUCCCUCUGGAUCGCUCUCCUCCUCGCGGCUCCCCCGGCCAUUCUUCGGGCUUUCACGAUUCUCGACGAUCGGACCAUCCGCGACCGCAAUCUUCCAACGACUGGAGGAACACCCAUCCAUCUGCCCCUUUGGACAAAGAACACCAAGUCCAUCUCCUCGUGGCCCGCGCCCUCCCUUUCCCCACCGCCGUUCAUCGUUUGCCAAAGCCGGGGAGAGACGCGACCGGAGCCCUCCAUUUAACACUCGAGGUCGCUUCCCGGGGCGAGGUGCUCCCCGAGGACGAUCCCCUCGUCGGGGUCGAGAUCGCCGGGGCAAAGACCGUCACCGCUCUGAUAUCCCGCGGUCAGGACAUUCCAGAUCACCUGUUCGGGACCGGGGUUUUCCUCUAUCGCCCGACCGACGGCCUCGAUCACCCGGUGACGACUAUAGCGACAGAGACUCUCGCUAUCGAUCUCGGUCUCCGUCUCGGCAUUCGGGACGAAGUAAUGCACUCAACCCGCCCUAUCAAGUCUGUUGUGGAUGAUCGGGACCGUUCUCCAUCACCUCUUCGGCAGAUUCCGAGUUUCGAUGGCGGCCACAUGGGUAGUCCUGGUGAGGGACAAGGCAACAUGCGAGAUGCCUUCCCAAUGCGUGGAAUGCGCCCAUCUGAUGUCUAUAAUAAGCAACGGCGCCGGCCGUCACGACCGCAUAUAGACACUGGGUCAUACUCGACAUCACCGCACUUUGAAACACCAACGAGAUCUCACCAUGGAUCUCCUCAACCGGGCUCUCCUUACUCUGGUGGACGGGGUGACUGGAACGGCCCGGUUUCACAUUCUGGCUCUGGCCACUCUCCUCCGCUUUAUCGACAGGAUAGUGAUUACUCACAGAACCCUCCUCCCGGGCAGUACUAUCAAAGCCACCAUGGUCCUUUCAACGGCUCAUCCAAUCACCAUUCUCAAUCUUCCUACGGUGGACCAUCCCAGCGAGGCGGCGCUUCUGGCCAUCGUGGAAACCACGCCAAUCAAGCCCCAAAUCGCCGGUUCUCCCGCUCUGGUUCCAGUGGUCCUCCCAAUCGAGGAGGAGGACGAGGCAAUUUCAAUAACCUUAAAUGGACUGCAUCCGGAUCUCAGGGCCGUGGUGGACCGCCCAGCCCUCGCUCAGCACAUGCCCAUGAUUCGCAGACUCCUUCAACUCGGCCACCUUCUGGAAAUGACCCACAAUCCCCUCGUGCUCCUGAUACGGAGAACCGUCCUAAGUCAGCGGGCAGGGAUUUCCAAAGAGACGAUGACCGACCUCCACCUGCAUCUGAAAAUCCCAAUAGCCAGAAUAUGCCUCGUCCAGAUCGCGAGCCACAGGUCUCAACCCCAGUAGAAAAGGGUGGAAAAUUCAGUUUCACCUUCAAGGCGAAGAAUACACCCACUCCUGCUCCGAAGCCUGUUCCGGAUCUUGCCCAGCGGAUGCAAGUACGCGAGCCACCGCCUCGUGCACCUGCAGCUGACCCGCCAACUCCUCGCAACCGGUUGACCAACGGCCCAUUGCCCAAGUUUCAACCCGAGCCCCGGUUUGACCGUCGUGACCGAGACCGCGGAAGAGAUCGAGACCGAGACCGAGACCGCAGGGACUUCCGAGACCAGCGAGAUCAACGAGAUUCGCGAGAUUUCCGUGACCCGCGUGAUCGACGAGACGACCGCCGUUUCGAUAACCGCCGUGACCGACGAAAGAAUGACCGGCGCCCCGACUUCCGACAGGAUCGGGGCAAAGAUCAUUCUCCAGAGCAACCACGAGAGAUGCCGCCGAAGCACAAGAAGAUUCUCACUCGUCCCAAACCUCGUCCACUUCUACCGGAGGAAUUUGCAAAGGCUGAUUCUGUUUACUAUCGAAAACCAGGCAAUGAGUCCGUCAUUGGUGCUGGUACGUACGGCAAGGUGUUCAAAGGAAUUCAUGUCUACACUCAACGGAAGGUCGCGCUUAAGAAGAUUCGAAUGGAAGGCGAAAAGGAUGGCUUUCCUGUUACUGCUGUGCGGGAAAUCAAACUACUCCAGCAUCUCCGUAAUCACAACGUGGUCAGCCUGCUGGAGGUCAUGGUUGAGAGGAAUGAGUGCUUCAUGGUUUUCGAGUAUCUUUCACACGAUCUGACGGGUCUGAUCAACCAUCCUUCGUUCUCCCUUACUCUCGCACACAAGAAGGAUUUGGCCAAGCAGAUGUUCCAAGGCUUGAAUUACCUUCACCAUCGCGGCGUCCUCCAUCGAGAUAUCAAGGCCGCGAACAUUCUGAUCAGCAACACAGGGCUGCUGAAAUUCGCGGACUUUGGUCUUGCCCGUUUCUUUUCGAAGAGCCGCCAACUUGACUAUACCAACCGAGUGAUUACCAUCUGGUACCGGCCUCCGGAACUCCUACUGGGUGAAACCCGGUACGGUCCCGCUGUCGACGUAUGGAGUGCUGCAUGCGUGUGCAUGGAAAUGUUCACGAAGAAGGCCGCUUUUCCCGGAGAGGGCAGCGAGCUCAGUCAGCUCGACAAGCUCUACAACUCGCUCGGUACUCCGACACGGGCCGACUGGCCGGAUGUCGUGGAAAUGCCAUGGUUCCAGCUUAUGCGUCCCUCCGAACGCAAGAAGCGUGUCUUCGAAGACCAGUACCGCGACAUUCUGACCCCAGCCGCUCUGAACAUGAUCUCGCAGAUUUUCCAGUACGAUCCUGCCAAGCGGCCGAGCGCCGAGGAAGUCCUCGAGCACUCGUAUUUUGUGUCGGAAGAACCCACCCCUCGCCAAGCUAUCGAACUGGAGCACGUCGAAGGGGACUGGCACGAGUUUGAAUCGAAGGCUCUUCGCAAAGAAGCCCGGCGCGCCGAGCAGCAGAGCCAAAAGGACCGAGAGAAGCGCAAGGCCGAGUCCGUGCCGACAAGCGAUCCGGACCCUAAGAGGGUUCGCGCCGAAGGCACUGACCAGGCGUCUGGACACGCAUGA